AUGGGCGUCAUCGGUCGCGCGCCCUCCCGCCUUUACAUAGUCUAUACACACCCUCACCAGGCGACAUUGAGCACCGCGCAGGGCAUCAAGGCCCAGAACGUGUAUGUAUAUGAAUUCACUUGGUGGGCAACGCGUUCUCCUCCACCCAAGAAGGAGAGAAGAGCAUCUUUCCCGGCGGGAAAUGCUUCCCUGCUCGCUUCCUCCGUGCAACAGCUCUCCCUGGAGAAUCCCACCCUCCAAUCCUUCACUGCCCCGAGUUGCGAGAUGGCCGAAGGGUCGAGCACCGUGCCCGUUGUGAGACAGACGUCUGCGGAGUGUCGACGGGGCUCCUCACCUUUAACCCAACUUCGUCAUCGUCAUUACCAUGAUCCGCUAAAGUCAAGUGGAACCUCUCCGGUACUCCGCGGUUCCCGGCGAGCCGUAUCCUUCUCUGACACACUCUGCGAGGCCCGUCAAUCCAUCAAAUCAUCGACGGAUGACUUUAUUAGACCACGGGCAUCCGUUGAAACCGAUGGAUCCUAUUGGCAGUCCGCUCCCUUGGCGCUGGCCCUAGUGCCUGCCAUCGGCGGCAUUUUCUUCCAGAACGGGAGUGCAGUCCUUACAGACGUAACGCUGAUAUGUCUUGCCGGUGUAUUCCUCAACUGGUCUGUGCGUCUACCAUGGGAUUGGUAUCAUGCUGCGCAGGAAUCUACGCGUAGACCUCCACCAAACGAGGUCUUUGAUUCGGAAGACAGGCCAAAUGGCGAAGCUAGCCGAAGCGAUCAAGAAACCGCAUUGGCGAAAGACACUCAGACGGACCAUUCUCAGAAGCAACCCCACGGAGCUGGCAUGGGCUCUAAAGCAAGCCGGGAGCUUCAUAUUCAUGAAAUGAUUGCUCUUGCAUCAUGUUUUAUCUUCCCUGCCUUUGGAACCUUGCUUCUUCAUGCUAUUAGAUCGAAACUGUCACGGCCGUCUGAAGGUCUUAUUUCGAAUUACAAUCUUACAAUCUUUUUGCUCGCUGCUGAAAUCCGACCUUUGUCUCACCUCCUAAAGCUAGUGCAAGCCAGAACUCUCCACCUACGGCGAGCAGUAGAGUCAACGUCUCCAAACCCUGAUAUGAUGGAUGCUACAAAAAUCGCCGACAUUUCUAGGCGUCUCGAUGAAUUGGAAGCACAAGUUGAAGAGCUGUUGACUCACAAAUGUGAGGAUCAGACAGCACAAGAGUCCUCGAGUGAACUUGAACAGAAACUAUGCGAGAUCGAAGCCCAGGUGCAGAAAGCUAUGCAGGUAGAUAUUGCUGCUUUGAAUCGUGCUGUUCGCAAAUACGAGAAGCGACUCACGACAUCAGCAUUGGAUACCGAUACGCGAUUCGACAACAUCGAGUCCCAGAUCCGCAACAUUAUGUUUAAAAAAUCUCCUAGCCCUAAAUCUCAAGGCAACCUUCUCUUACGCUGGAUACGGGUAUUGGCCAAGUGCAUUCAGCUAAUCCUCCUUUUGCCAUGGCAUGUCUUAAGGAGAGUAGUCAUGCUUCCAAUUUCGGUUACAGCAUGGUGGUUUUCUAUACUGACGAGAGUCCUGGGCUGGGGUGGAUAUCCAGAGAACGCAAAUGCGAAGGAUUCUAUUCGGCUGAAACGGAUCCGCCGUCAAAAUUGGCAUUGAGUUAUGACGACAGUCGAGGAAUUAUUGGUAUAAUAUUCACACAAUUGACAUAUAGUUCUGGUAACGACAAGUAUGAAAAUCUAUACGGAACGAGACCAAUGUUCUCCCAAAUCACCAAGAAACUAACUAAGAUCUCGGGUUUUGCCUUAUCAUGUGUUCUAUGCAUAUUUCAAGCUGGCAUAUGGAGUCCUCUAGGUUUUGAAAGCAUUUGUAUAUUCAUGAAAUUCAUUCUAAUGAUGAUAAUCUUAAUGUAUUCAAUAGCUUUACAAGCAGUGAGAAGCAAAUAUACAUAGCCAA